GCUUGCUAAGCGGGACUGGCUAGAAGUUAAGCUGGAAGGGAGGGUGAGGCAGGGUCGGAUGGAGCCUUAGGUAUCGCAUUGGGCUUAAACAGAACGCCUUAGCUCUGGCUGGACCAGGAGCCAAACUGAACUCAGCUCUAAUAGACAAGAAAACUAUCAGGUGAAGGCUGCUUUACUGGACCUGGCUGGGUCGGACUAGGAGAUUUCAGCAGAAGAGAAUGGGUUGUUCGGCCAGUGUGGUCCUGCUCCUACGUUCAGUGGGCGGAGCUGACUGCGGUCACAUGUGUUCACGACAGGACCAGAUGUCAGUGGAAGCUGCAACACCCACACUAGAGGGUUACACCACUACCAAAACACCUCUGACCAUCAUUGUAAUGCAGGAGAAGCCGAAGGUGAUCGAUCCUCUCGACUAUGAGGCUGUCAUUUCUGAACUGGGGGACGAGUUGAAGGACGACUCUCUCACAGAUCUUCUUCUGUUCCCUGACAAUGAUUUCUCAGUAUCCACGGUGCCUCAGGAGAGACGAACUCUCAAGUCAACUGUUCCUGAGGGGGCAGAACUACAGGCUGAAUGUCUGCUGGUCAGACAGGCCUGCAAAUAUUACAACUCUGAGCUAAAUGUGAUCCAGUUCAAGUAUGAUGACUAUGCUGGAGAUUACCGUCUGCUGCCCAGAAAACUGUAUAAAGCAGAGAAGCUGCCAUCCCAUUCUUUUGAGAUUGACUUUGAAGAUGUAGACAAAGAUGAGGAUACCACUUCUCUGUCCUCAUCCAAAGGAGGAGGGGGUGGAGGCGGUGGAGGAGGAGGUGGAGGAGGAGGGAUUGGUGUAUUUCGCUCAGGCUGGCUAUACAAAGGGAAUUUCAACAGCACCGUUAACAAUAGUAUCACUGUCCGGUCAUUCAAGAGGAGGUAUUUCCAGCUCACGCAGUUGACAGAUAAUUCCUACAUCAUGAACUUCUACAAAGAUGAAAAAAUCUCCAAGGAGCCCAAAGGUUGCAUCUUCCUUGACUCAUGCACCGGUGUGGUACAGAAUAACCGUCUGAGGAAACAUGCCUUUGAGCUGAAGAUGAACGAGGUUACAUACUUUGUGCUGGCCGCAGAGAGCGAGCAAGAUAUGGAGGAAUGGAUUAGCACGUUAACCCGCAUCUUACAGAUCAGUCCCCACGACGGGCCUGCUCCGGACCGCAAGAGCCUGGACCUCACCGAGCAUCGGCAGGAUGUGUUUGACCUGUCGCUGAGUGACUGCGUUUUGCAGGAAAAUGAAGAAACUACGGAGAACGGUAUCAAUCCAGAGCUGGCAAAGUAUAUCUCAGAGACUGAUGAGAGAAUUCGUUCUGCCAGGAGAGAAGAGCGGUUGAAUCUGUUCUCGCUUGAUCCUGACACUCCUGUCCUCAGGAGCCCACGAUCUGAACAUUCUUCUUCUUCUGAAAACCCCGCAGUACGACCGUUUGAGGAAAAGCUUGGCAGAAGGUUCAUGAUAACUUGCAGAUCCCUCAACCUCAUGCUGCAGGGUUGCAUCAGUGAGAGUGAAACUGGUCCGGUUACCAAUAUCGAACCCUUCUUUGUGUCGCUGGCUCUGCUGGAUGUACGAGAAGGGAGAAAAGUUUCUGCUGACUUCCACAUCGAUCUCAACCACGAAGCAGUGCGUCAGAUGCUUGGAGGCUGCACCAACGGGACAGGGAGUCCAGGUAUGGGAGUCGGGCCUCAGGAAAAUGGUUUGUGCUCUCCUGCUGAGAAGAAGCCUGGUGACUGUCAUCUCAGCCUGGACCUGGAUCAGUGGCUUUGUUUUCCCAAGCAGGCCAUUUUCUCAGUAACCAAUCCCCACACGGACAUAGUCAUGGUGGCAAGAGUGGAAAAGGUGCUGAUGGGAAAUAUUGCUUGUGGCACUGAACCUUAUAUCAAGAAUACAGACUCCAGCAAGACUGUUCAGAAGAUUUUAAAAUCCAACAAACAAUUUUGCAGCAAGCUUGGAAAGUUCCGUAUGCCGUUUGCCUGGUCUGUCAGGCCCGUGUUUAAAGACAACCAUGGAGCGCUGGACCGAGACUCUCGUUUCUCACCUCUUUUCAAACAGGAAAGCAACAAGAUUUCCACAGAUGACUUGAUAAAGUUGGUGUCUGAGUACAGAAGGGCUGAGAAGACCAGCAAACUACAAACUGUACCCGGGACACUGGACAUUGUAAUGGACCAUGUCCCAAUGGAGCAUCCUAACUGUGUGACAUCCUCAUACAUUCCUGUAAAGCCUUUUGAAGAGCUGAGCAAACACCUGCCUACGGUGGAGGUUGAAGAGUUUGUCCAGGACACCACUAAAUUCACCCAACCACACCGUGUAUACAGAAACCACAUCUAUGUCUACCCUAAACACCUCAAGUAUGACAGUCAGAAGAGCUUUGCAAAGGCUCGUAACAUUGCCGUGUAUGUGGAGUUUCGCAGCUCAGAUGAAGAAGUCGCCAAACCCUUAAAGUGUAUCUAUAGCAAACCAGGAGGACCAGUCUUCACCACAGCAGCCUGUUCCACCGUCCUGCAUCACUCUCAAAACCCUGACUUCUACGAUGAGGUGAAAAUUGAGCUUCCCACACAGCUUCAUGAAAAGCACCAUCUACUUUUCUCCUUUUACCACGUUACCUGUGACAUCAAUGCUAAGACGAAUUCCAAGAGGAAAGAGGCCUUAGAGACUCCAGUGGGAUAUUCUUGGCUUCCUCUCCUCAAAGAGGGCCGUGUGUCAUCUCAGGAGUCCAACAUCUCCGUCUCCUGCAACCUUCCUCCUGGAUACCUGGCCAUCAAGGAAGCCAGCAGCACCAAGAAUGGAGCAGAUGUGAAAUGGGUCGACGGUGGAAAAGCUAUCUUCAAAGUUUCCACCAAUGUUGUCUCAACAGUGUACACUCAGGACCCCCACCUGAACCGAUUCUUCCAGCAGUGCCAGAAGAGAGAGCUGGACCUCUCUCAGCCUCCUACCUCUAACUUCCUCAACUGCCUGAAGGGUCUUCUUAGCAUGGAGAAAAUCCCGGUGAUAGUCCGGUUCCUGCCAGUACUCUUCAACCAGCUGUUCAAGGUUCUGACUCAGAAUGACAAUGAUGAGGUCACUACUGCCACCACUAGAGUUUUGGUGCACAUUGUUGGCAAGUGCCAUGAAGAAAAUCUGGAUCACUACCUGCACUCAUAUAUCAAGUACGUGUUCAAGUCAGAGGCUCAUGGCUUCAGGACAGUUCAUGAAGAACUUGCGAAGGGGAUGACCUUUGACCUGAAGAGCAACGAGCAGGCAGCAGUCAGAAAUGUCCUCAGGUUCUCCUGGUUCUUCUUUGAGCUCAUUGUCAAGUCCAUGGCCCUGCAUUUGGUUGACUCCGACAAAGUAAAGCAUCCAAGGCCCCAGCGCUUCCCAUCCUCCUAUCUGAGCCGUUUGGAGACCUUGGUGGAGACGGUGUCUGAACACAUCUUUUGGAAGUACAAAGAACUGGGAGAAGAAACACGCAGUGCCAACUUGGCUGUGGCAGCUUUUGUCAAGCGCUGCUUCACUUUGAUGGAUAGGGGCUUCACAUUCAAACUGAUAAGCAACUACAUUAACAUGAUCACGGCUACUGACAGCAAGGUCCUCUGUGAACUGAAAUUUGAAUUCCUGAGAGAAGUCUGUAACCAUGAGCACUACAUUCCUCUCAGCCUUCCCUUACCCUCAGCUCGCAUCACAGACCAUGCAUCCCCAGAGCCACAAAGCACUCAUGUGCCUGAGUACAACCUGACUGGAGAGUUCUGCAGAAAACACUUCCUGACUGGCCUGUUGCUACGGGAACUGGGACUGGCUCUGCAGGACGAACAGGACCUGAGACAUCUAGCCUUGGCCACCCUGAAGACUCUGAUGGCCAAACACUCUCUGGAUGCACGCUAUGCCACCAAGGAGAAGCAGGCAAGAAUUGCAUCUCUCUACCUGCCUCUGUAUGGCCUGAUCCUGGACAACAUGCCUCGAUUCUUUCUCAGGGACCUCUUUCCCAUGUACUUCACUGCUAGUGACCAGGGUUCUCGAGAUGACGUCAGCAUGGGAGGGGGACUGGCGGGAGGGGUGAUUCCUGUUACUCGCCAUGGCCACUCGGUGGAUGCCUCCUUUUCCAAAGAAGUGCUCAACUCCAUUACAGCCUUCUCAUCCUUGGCGGUUGCCACGGGUAACCAGGCGGACUCUCGAGGUUCUUUGAUCAGUGUGGACUCCAACCCUAGCAACAGUGACAGGAACAGUGAGAAGAUGGAUGGAUGUGAGAAGUUUGCCCGCCCCCAGUCCCUCAUUGGCUAUGGUUCUCGCUGUGACAAGCUGGACCAGGCAGAGACUCGCAGUCUCCUCAUGUGCUUUUUGCACAUCAUGAAAACUAUAUCUGAAGAUGUGCUGGUAUCGUACUGGCACCGAGCCAUCCACCAAGAGAUCUCAGACUUCUUUAACAUCCUCGAGCUUUGUCUUCAGCACUUCAGGUUUCUUGGAAAACGCCACAUAGCCAGGAAGCUAGCAGCGGCAGUAAAGCUGGCCCAGUCAACCCAGGCCAAUGGUACCCUGAAGGGCUCUAACCACCCCUCCCAGUCCUCUCAACCCUCAAGUCUCUUCCCACAAUGGAUGGCAUCUGGAGGAGAGGGCCACCGGCAUGCUCGCUCUCAAACCAUGCCCAUCAUCAGAGGCAAGAAUGCCCUUACCAACCCAAAGCUGCUGCAGAUGAUGGAUACAGAUGGGAGUAUUCAGGAAGGGGACACACUGAGUCCUACAGAUAUUGAGGCCAACUUGUCUACAGAAGUGGCACUCACUGUGCUGGAUGUACUAGAACUUUUUGUUCAUCAUCACAAGAAACAGCUGUUGCUGGAUGAUGGACAAAACACAUUGAUGAAGAAGGUGCUGGACACCUACUUACUCUUCUUCCAGAUCAACCAGUCAACUGCUACCCUACGACAUGUCUUUGCUGCACUCAGGCUCUUUGUACAAAAGUUUCCCAGUGCAUUCUUCCAGGGUAAAGCAGACCUGUGUGGGUGUCUGUGCUAUGAGAUCCUCAAGUGCUGUAACCAUCGAUCCAGCUCCACCCAGAUGGAAGCUGCUGCCCUGCUGUAUUUUUUCAUGAGACAAAACUUUGAAUUCACAAAGGGCAAAUCAAUAGUCCGCUCACAUCUGCAGGUUAUCAAAGCAGUGAGCCAGUUGAUAGCAGAUGCUGGAAUUGGAGGUUCGAGGUUUCAACAGUCCCUGGCUAUCAUCAAUAAUUUUGCCAAUGGAGAUGCACCACUCAAGAAUACUCCAUUCCCUGCUGAGGUGAAGGAUCUGACCAAACGGAUCAGGACAGUCCUGAUGGCCACGGCUCAAAUGAAAGAGCAUGAGAAAGAUCUGGAAAUGUUAGUGGACCUACAAUACAGUCUGGCCAACUCCUAUGCUAGCACGCCUGAGCUGCGCCGCACCUGGUUAGAGAGCAUGGCCAAGGUCCACGUCCGUAACGGCGAUUUGUCAGAGGCUGCCAUGUGCUACAUUCACAUCUCAGCCUUGAUUGCUGAAUCUCUGAAGAGGAGAGGCUACUGGAGAGCUGACAAGGCCAGGAUGUCCAGUGUGUCCCCUGAAGAAAGCCCUGUCUUUAAAUGUAGCUCCUUACUAACUACCUCCCGAGAUCAAGACACAUCUUUCUCCAUGGGCUGGGCAGCAUUCAUGUGCAUCAGCCCUAAUGUCAAGGAAGAGGGUGCCAUGAAGGAAGACACCGGUACACAAGACACACCAUACAUUGAGGACACCCUGGUGGAGCAGCUGGAGCUGUGUGUGGACUAUCUGUGGAAAUCUGAGAGAUACGAACUUAUCGCAGACAUCAACAAACCUGUGAUUGUCGUCUUUGAGAAGAGAAGAGAUUUUAAGAGGCUGUCAGAGCUCUACUAUGACAUCCAUCGCUCCUAUCUGAAGGUGACGGAGGUGGUGAACUCAGAAAAGCGUCUCUUCGGUCGAUACUAUCGUGUAGCUUUCUAUGGACAGGGCUUCUUUGAGGAAGAGGAAAGCAAAGAAUUCAUCUAUAAAGAGCCGAAGUUGACAGGUCUGUCAGAAAUCUCUCAGAGACUACUCAAACUCUACUCAGACAAGUUUGGAUCUGAUAAUGUCAAGAUGAUCCAGGAUUCCAACAAGGUGAAUCCUAAAGACCUGGACCCCAAGUUUGCCUACAUUCAGGUGACAUAUGUGGUGCCGUACUUUGAUGAAAAAGAACAACAGGAUAAAAGGACAGAUUUUGAGAGGCAUCACAACAUCAGCCGCUUUGUGUUUGAGACGCCGUUCACUCUGUCAGGAAAAAAACACGGAGAUGUGGAGGAGCAAUGCAAGAGACGCACCAUACUGACCACAAGUUCCAGCUUCCCCUAUCUGAAAAAGCGCAUCGAGGUGGUGGAGCAGCAGAGCACAGAAAUGAAUCCCAUUGAAGUAGCCAUUGAUGAGAUGUCACGUAAAGUGUCUGAGCUCAACCAGCUCUGCAACAUGGAGGAGGUGGACAUGAUCCGGCUGCAGCUGAAACUGCAGGGCAGUGUUAGUGUCAAGGUGAAUGCAGGGCCUAUGGCAUAUGCGAGGGCAUUUUUGGAGGAAAAGAAUGCAAAGAAGUAUCCGGAUAACCAGGUCAAACUUCUUAAGGAGAUCUUCAGGCAGUUUGCAGAAGCCUGUGGUCAAGCUUUGGAUGUGAAUGAGCGUCUCAUCAAGGAGGACCAACUGGAAUACCAGGAGGAGAUGAGAGCUCACUACCGGGACAUGCUUACUGAGCUGUCUGGCAUCAUGAAUGAACAGCUUGAAAAAUGUGUUUUUGCCUUCAGUACCACCUCUAUAUCUAACAGCUCUCUGUCCACUCUUUGUAAGACUGAUUCCUCACACAAGACAACCAGGAACGGAACGGCACAGCACCUACUGAAUGGCCAAUAGACACACCAGAAAUUUCUUGUGCCAGUUGAAGCCUCAAAGUGGCUUAUUUAUUUGUUUCUGAUUGUAGUUUUUUUCCUCGCUGCAGGAAGUGGCGGGUUAGUGGAACUGUGACUGAAGGCCUCCUGUAAAGAAAACAAGGGAAGAAGUGUGUAGAUUGUGGUUGUGGUAGUCUGUAGACCCAACACGAUCUCACGACAGAACAUGUAAUAGCUCUGUUUGUCCAAAGCACCAAAAUGGUGCAAUUUCACAUAAACUGUGACUUCACAUGUAUUGCUGUUUGAUGACAUUUAUAGACAUCUCAACAUGUCGUUACAUGCCAACGUAUGUUUCAGACAGGAGUGGGGGAUAGCAUUAUUCCGCCAAAUCCCAUCCAAGGGACCAAGGGAUCAACACCCAGCAACACAACAUUUUCCACAACUGUUUCACUUUUGAACUUUAGUUAGUGUUAGAAAGGUACAUGUGAUCUGGGCCUAUAUAUUUUAUUUUUUGUUGUUUUGGGUGUACUUUAAUCUCACGUGAACACAGACACAAAACCAAACCAAUAAAUAACCUGCAGACAUGUUGCUUUCUCAUGAUUUUUAACCAUUAAAUUUAACUAUGUUCUGUGGACAAAUGUGCUGAUUACACAUUUUGUCAUGAGACCGGGCUGGUAGUCCUGUAGUUGAACUUUGUCUACAGUAGAGGCCAGGCUGCUGGACUGUUAGCUACUGUUUGUUUUGCUUUUAGAGACUCAAUACAUGUGUGGUGUAGAUUCUCCCACCUCUCCCGUUGACUUAUUACUUUACAUAUUGACAGACACGCUCCCAAACAAAAACCUACAGUGUAUUUUUCACGCACACAUACACACAAGCAAACAACAUGAGCCCUCUCUCCACAACCCUCUCCCUUUAGAAAACAGUGACCUUAAUUGAGCUUGAGGUGCAUUCAGCUGUACAUGUAAUGUAUAGCUUCCUGGUGCAUUUUGUUUCCAGUUUUUACAUUUUUCUGUGGAAUAUCAGUGUACUUCAAACUAUCUAAAGAUGUCUUACAAGACAAAUGAUUUGAAAAAGAAAGAGGAUAGAAAUGCAGAUCCUUAAAAUCAGAAGAGUUGAACGCACCUCCAGUUCCUGUUUGAAUGUAGAAAAACUCAAUGUUGCUACUUUGUAUCCUUGCUAACAUUCUGGAAAUAUCACUUUGCCAAUUUUCAAACAAAAAAAUAUGUUUUAUAACAAUUUUAUAAUUGAAAUUGCAUUGUUACUGUUAUUCUUUCCUGUACUGUUUUCAAUUGUAAAUAAGAAAUAUUAAUAUUUAAAAAUGUUUGAAAUGUUUUUUUUUAUAUAAAAUAUACAAUAUAUAAAUAUUUGUUUAGCUGAAAUAAAGAAAAAAAAACUAAAGUU